ACACACACACACACAUACACAGACAGACACACCUUUAUAUGCUACAGCCGGAGAGGCAGACACACUUCAUAAGUGAGAGUUUGAGUCUAAAGAUCAAGACACAAUAUUGAGAAGAAUUUACGUCUCUGGAGCUUUUUUGGAUUCACCUUAAAAAAGUGAAACACCAGCGACGAUCAUCAUCAUCAUCAUCAUCAUCAUCAUCAUCAUCACCUGCACAGGAUGUCUUUAUGUGGCAGUUUUCUGUCCGACGAGCAGUUCCAGUGCUCCAUCUGCCUCGAUGUGUUCAACAACCCUUCGUCCACGCCGUGCGGCCACAGCUUCUGCAUGGCCUGCAUCAGCAGAUACUGGGAUGGAUGCAAGGUUUGCCAGUGUCCUCUGUGUAAGAAAACCUUCCCGAAGCGACCGGACCUGCAGAUCAACCGGACGCUGCGGGAGAUCACCGAGCAGUUCCGAUGCAUGAGGGGCGGAGGAGGAGGAGGAGGAGUGAUGGGAGGAGCUGGGAUGGAGAGGAAGAGAGGAGACAGAGGAAACAUACCUGAUUAUUUAUUUGAUGAACUGAAGAAGAAGUUUCCUGGAGCGCUGCCAAAGUCACCGGAGACGCUGACGUAUGAGACUCAGUCCCUGGAGAACGACCCCAGCCCACAGCUGCUGGCCUCUUCGGUGCCGAACGACAGUCCGAUCUCCGCCCUCAAGCGAGGCUCCGGACCCCCUCUGCCCCCCCCGCAGCCGUGCCAACCCAGCAGCCGCAGACGCUUCACCAUGAGCGGGGCGGCGAGCAGCCAGAGCCUCGCUGUCUGUGAGAUCCACCACAGGGGCCUCAUGGUUUACUGUCGGACAGACCGAGCGUGCAUCUGUCCCGACUGUGAGGCCGAGCAGCAUCAGGGUCACGACACGGUGUCUGUGGAGGACGAGUGGACGGAAACUAGGUCGCAGCUCAGUGUGUCUGUGCAGGAGAUCCAGGAAAUGAUCAAAGAGAGAAUCAGGAAGAUUGAGGAGAUCAGAAGGUCAGUGAGUGAACUGGAGGUAAGUCUCACACACUCACACACACACUCACACA